AUGUCAUCCGGUUUCACAAUCGUCGUCUUCGUGACGCGCAAGCCAGGCCUCUCUCCAGCCCAAUUCCGCGACCAUUGGGAGAACACACACGUCCCCCUUAUCCGAAGACUUGGAGGAAGAUCAUUCCCUUUAAGUCAUACCCGGCAUUAUCUACACCGCGAUGAGACCCGUUCAGACUACCCGAUUAGCCCGCUGGUAGGCGACCCUGGCGACUUCACGUACGACGGAUUCGCCAUAGUCAGCUUUGCAAGCAGAGAUGCUUUUGGAGAAUUCCUGCCGGUUAUGACCAGUCCGGAGGUUUUGGAAGAUGAAGAGCGGUUCACGGAUCGAGAGAAGAUGAAGGCCGUUGUGCUCGGGGAUGUUAGGGCUACAGCUUAG